UACCCUUUUGUUUUUACUUUUGUUAGGAAGUGGAUAGCGUACAAAACCCGACCUGCAAAACUCUGUAAAUUUCGGUUGUAAGCCGAGGUAUUAUACCGGAACCCAGGCCCUUUCGUUAUGGCUCGUUUGUUUUCGUAAUGAAUAUUUUAGGAAAAAUUACAAGUUUGGUCACUAGAUUACUAAAGUUUAGUCUCUAGAAAUAUUUAAUUUCAAUGUUAGCUACUCGAAUUAGUCAAACAGUUCACAUUUGACUAAACAUGACACUUUUUAAUAAAACGAUUGACCAAACAUGCAACACAUCAUAUCCAUGAUCUUAACUCAUUGGCCCAUGCUUUAAUAUAGUUGUCUUCAUUUUAACGUGGAUCAUCAUUUGGUCUCUCUUUCUCAUGAGUUGGUGGCAGAGAUAAGGAACAUAGAGAUUAGAGAUCUAUCAUGUCCAUGUGAGAUGUUUAGUGAUAGGGUGCAAAUUACCAUUCAAGAGCUCCCACCCCAUCUCCGACACCGCCACAACACUCGAUCGUUAACCCCAGUCCUAUUGUCAAGUGUCAACUCUACUCAUACUCUGGUUCCGCCUCUUUCGCCGGCCUUUCCGUCUGCCUGCGGUCUUACACCGACGCCUGCUAAUAUCUGGCAGGGCUAUGUUGCCGAUGGCACCCUCGUUUCAUCCAAUUCUACAAGUUCCUCCGCUUCUAAACUACCAAAAUCAUAUCACGAUUGGUGUUCACCGUUCAGCCUCCAGGAGUUGUUGCAUGUAGGGUCAUGACUCAGGGGCGGACCCGGGGUUUUAGGGACACCCCUAAAUUUCGGGAAAAUGAUUAUCCAACCCCCGGUGUUUAUUUAUGUAUAGAAAAAAAAUAUAAUUGAUAGUGAGGGACACCCCUGAAAUUUGAAAAAAUGAUUAUCCUACUGUCAUUUGUGUAUAAAAAUAUAAAUGGUAGGUUGGGUAAUUCAAAUCUAGAACACUAUUAUUAUUAAUAAACUUAAUUUCCGUUGAGCUACAACUCAUUUGUUGUUCGAUUUUGAACAAUGUGUAAUAGUAAAAAGUCAUUCCCUAUCUCUAAUUAUUUCAAUCUGAACUAAUUUCAAUCUAUCCUUAAUUUGUAUUGAUUUUAUGAUUGUACGACAAGUGUUGAAGAGUCUUUCAGAUUUGGGUUACAUCAAAAACAAGUUUACAAAUCGAAUAUGCGAUAAGUUCCGGAAUGAUUGUCUAGUAGGUUAUAUGGAGAAUUUUUUUUUAACACUAUAAACACCAAGUGUAUUAUGCAAUUAUUUUUUAAUAUGAAAACACAUCAUGGACUUUUUUAACCUGUACAAGUAAGGUAUUUUCAUAUUUACGAUUUUAUUUAUAUUAAAUAUUUUUUAUGGGUCCGCCACUAGUCAUGAGUCAUGACUUCCGCUUUGUAGCUAGUGCCUUGGGUGUGCAUUUUGGGGAUUAGGCCGAGGGCAUAGGAAAAUUCCAAUCGGGUACCCGAUUAGCUGUCGGUUAUGGCCGAGAAAAGCUGCAAACCGCUUCUAGAAAUUCCAAACCUUUAACCGACCGUUUAGAUGCUAAUCUCUUAUCGGUUAAACCGACGCUCGUCGAUUUUGGUUCAUUUAUCAGCCCUAGCUAACGAUAUGGUCUUAGACUAAUAGGUCUAGAGUUGGGUUUGAGAGGUGUUUUGUAAUCAGGGUCGAGAUGGGUGUAGGGAGCUGGGUUUUUCAAACACAUCCUUGAAUUUUAGAAGAAUUGGUUGUACAAAACUUGAAUUCUAGAAGAAUUGGUUGUACAAAACUUGAAUUCUAGAAGAAUUGGUUGUACAAAAGAGGGAGGAUGAUAAGAAGUACCCGAAUUCUAAAAGUUUAGGUUUUUUUGUCAAAGUCGUGCAGCUUCAAUUAAAGAUUGGAUAGCUCGAACCGACUGUCAAACAAACAUAAAUAUAAAGGGAUACGUGGAGAUAGAUACUCGCCACAAUCAAGUGUGAUCGCUUGAUUGAUAAGAAUCUUGUCAAUCUCUUCUGGAAUCUUCAACUGAAAAACUCAAACAAGGAUCUUGCCCUAGCUAUGGAAUCCACCAAUAGCUAAACCAAUAACCCAUAAGCACGCUGGCUCCAUAUGGGAAAAACCAAUGUUGUCAGAACCGAACCGGAGCAUGACCCGAUAAUGCGAACAGCUCGCACUUUAGUGGUCCAACCAGCAAUAGACCGUUUAAAAAUCG